GUUUCCCACACAAUCCGCGCCCGCAUCAACUUCUUCGCACAAGCGAACUCACUGUGCUCCUGCAGCCCAAGGUAGGCAGGCACGACUCGACUCCCUUCUUCAGCCUCAAUUCUGACCAGCAGCACUUCCGCCGCCCGUCGGGAUGAAUCGCAACCCUCACAUUGGCGCCCCGCCGUGUCCGCCUUGCGGUUCCCAGGAUGUUCGCGGCGGUAGCAGCUUCCCCACGCAGGCACCUGCGCCGAUCGGAGGCAUCAGCUUGAAGAAGCCGGCGGUUCGCGUUGUGCGUCCUGCUAGACUUUCUCCGGGAACGCCCAGCCGCGCCAGCGCUCCCUCGCCCGCGCCUCCUGUCAAGGCCGAGCCGAAGGACGGAGAUGGACAUGCAUUGCCAGCCCCAGCCGCCAGUACGCCAUCUGCUCCUACCCUCGAGAACACUAUCUCAUCUGUGUCCAAAGAGGCGGAUGCGCUCGAGGAGCUGUUCGCGCGGCUGAACAGGCCGUCCACGCCAAAGAUCGCGACCUCUACGCUGAAGGGAUCUAGCAAGUCGUUUGCACCUGCCGCUGAGGCCAAGAAGUUCGCCUCUUCUACAACACGCGGUGUCAACAAAGAAGCGGACAGCGCAACCGCUAUUAUGCCCUUCAUAUCCGGUGUUAAGGCAGAGGCAUCUUUUAAGGGAGGACUGGUGACUAUCAAAAAGGAGCCGGAUGACAAGGACGCGUUGCUUGCCCCUGCUACAUCCAACAUUGAUAAGAUCAUUCUGGAGGAGAAGCGUGAGGCGCGCGCAUCUGAGAACGCCACUGCCGUAUCAAAGCAGCUCUCUCCUCAGUCCUUCGAGCGCCAGUUCUUGCAGAAAGCCGCGGAAUGUAUCACCUCGCUACCGUCGGACGUAGGCCCAACUGCUGAGAUUAUCAAGAGUGUGACUGACAAGAUUCGUCGCCCUUACGCUCCUUCGGCAGUCCUUGAGCCGGAAGUCGUUGAAGUCCUCAAGGCUCGAUAUGUAGAUGCAGUGGUCACGUUCCUCGGCGAGAUCAAUAGGGACAAGAAGCGUACUACCAAGGAACAGAUCGGAGAGAUCUUGGCCACCAGCGACGGGAACUUCUUAUACCUCUGUGCUGUGCUGGCGGAUGAAGAGUACAUCUCCAUCGAGAAUCUCGAUCAGAUCGUUGGCUUGAGCAGGGCAAUUGGAGGCGUUCUCCCGGAGGCUGACGACGCAAAAUCGGCUUCACCUGUCCUAGUUGGUGCCUCAAAGCAUCCUCUCGAUGGAAUGGCUUCAUGGCCGGCUCGCGAGAAGCGAGUGAACGCACCCGGAUGUCGGACCUGUCUUCUCACCGGCUUGCCUGAGAAUCUCAGCAUUAACAAGCUGCAAGCUUUGGUCUGGGGCGGCAGGAUCGAGUCGCUUCAACUCCCCAAUCCCGGCUCGAAGACGGCUGUCGUCAAGUUCUUUACUCCCGAAGCGUGCGAGAAGUACUUCAACGCUACUGAAAACGGCAUUACCAUCCCCGGUACCAAGAUCGUCGUCUCGGUGGAGAAGGCAGAGGGUCCGAACUCGGUCAAUGACGUGCUUGCUGCCUGCACCGAGGGCGAUGCUACGCGCUGUAUUCGAGCCUACGACGUGGACGAGGACUGGGGCGAUGUCCUACUUAUGAAGCUUGCUUCUCGCGCCAAGGGUGGCCAGCCAAAGCGCGAGGUUGACACAAUCAAGCGCGGAAGCACUGCUAGAGGCCGAUCCUAUAUCGAAUUCCGGUUUGCGAACGUUUAUGGAGCUCUUCAGUUCAAGCGUGAGCUUAUGGAUGAUCCGGACUGGGAGCAUUGCACCAUUGGAUACGCGCCCGAUCCGUGCGAGACCGCUCAAGGUGUUCAUAUCAAGGACGAGGACGAGAAGGCGAAGUCUGUUGGAUUCUUCUAGUU